AUGCCGCUGCAGUCAGUUUGCAAAUUGCCAGCUCCUGCGCAUCGCAUCUCGACCGGACCAAGCAAGCAAGCAAGCACCCAGCACCACGAUGUCAAAGACCUCCUCCAAACAGCGACCAAGUCGGAGUGCCUCGAGCUGUUCCGAGCACUGAAGAACAAGGACGAGCUUUCCCACUCGUGCAAGGAGAUCAUGCAGAUGAUCACUGCCAACGACAAGGGCGUCAUGGAGAACGAUGCGCUCAACACUCAUGGCGGCAGCCGGACGCGCGGCGGAAUUAGCCACGCUGCGCUGCAACGCCGUUUCACGGGCAAAAUGUCGGGCGUCAGACUUUCCGGCUAAGGAGCUUCGGAGACUGUAAGACCAAAUUCAGUCGAGUCCGAGCCCAGCCCCACUCGUUGCGUAGUAAACUCAUCACCAAGUCAUGUAGGAGAGCCGUGUAGAGGGGUGAAGUCGGCCAGGGGCGGCCGAGAGCAGCUGUACCAAUACCCCCUCGCAAAAUCUCCGUCGUUGAAGCAUUAGCUUUAAUUCACCCAAUAAAAUACCCUUUUCAAGAA